GGCUCGACAGGAAACCAAACAAGGAAUCCGGCUAUGAGCUGUCUUACGUUACGUGUCAUUUCCAGAGUUUCAGUGAUUCAGAAAUCUCCGGGAGACUUUUGGUGAACGGAAUCCUCGCUGGCUGCUGUCUUCUCAUUGGUGAGCUGCGGUCGCCCUGGUAACGGUUGCUAACGGAGAAGCAUGAAGGCUCUGAUCCUGGUUGGGGGUUACGGGACCCGGCUGCGACCGCUCACGCUGAGCGUGCCCAAACCGCUGGUGGAGUUCUGCAACAAGCCCAUCCUGCUGCACCAGGUGGAGGCUCUGGUCCAGGCUGGUGUGGACCAUGUGAUUCUGGCGGUGAGCUACAUGUCUGAGCUGCUGGAGAGAGAGAUGAGAGUCCAGGAGGAGAGACUCGGCAUUCGUAUCUCUCUGUCUCACGAGAAGGAGCCUCUGGGAACCGCGGGCCCCCUGGCGUUGGCUCGUGAGCUGUUGAACGUCGACAACGAGCCGUUCUUCGUCCUCAACUCGGACGUCAUCUGUGAUUUUCCGUUCAAAGACCUGCUGCAGUUCCACCACAGCCACGGCAAGGAGGGAACCAUCUGUGUGUGUAGUUCCAGUGUGGAGGAGCCCUCUAGAAUGUCUUGUGUGGUGGUGUUUGAGAGACACGGGAGGAUCCAUGCAGCCGUAGAGACGCGGGUCUUACGUCUCAACAAGAUCAUGGCAUUUAUCUUCAAUCCCAGCAUGCUAGCCAGGGAUCAGCUGAGACCAACAUCCAUAGAGAAAGAGAUAUUUCCUGUCAUGGCGGAGGAGGGACAGCUGUACACCAUGGAGCUACAGGGUGACUAUUACUACUACUACUACUACUACUACUACUACUACUACUACUACUACGCAGUACUACUGCAGUACUACAACACAAAUAUAUAAUACACACAUUUCUUUAUUUAUGGGUGUCAAUAACGUUUCAGUGCUGACAC